AAAUACUUUACCGAUCCGACAAAAUCUCAACCUGCAUCUCAAAAAUGGCGAACUUCACGAUGAACAACUCUCUCAUCUCAAUCGUAACACUCCUCAUUAUCAUUUCAUCAUCGGUAAUCGCCAGUUCCGAUUCUCCCUUCAUCGUAGCGCACAAGAAAGCUACACUCAACCGACUCAAAUCCGGCGCCGAAAAAGUCUCCGUUUCGAUCGAUCUUUACAAUCAAGGAUCCGCGCCCGCAUAUGAUGUUAGUCUCACUGAUGAUGGCUGGUCUUCUGACAUAUUUAAGAUUGUCUCAGGAAACACUUCAGCCUCUUGGGAAAGACUUGAUGUCGGUGCGGUUUUAUCCCACUCCUUUGAGUUGGAAUCAAAUGUGAAAACCGUCUUUUAUAGCACCCCAGCUGUUAUCACGUUCCGUGCCCCCUCAAAGACCGCGCUUCAGGAGGCUUAUUCAACUUCAAUUCUGCCUCUCGAAAUCCUAUCGGAAAAACCUAAAGAGAGUCCACUUAAUCUCGCUAAGAGGUUGUUGGCUAAUUACGGGUCUCUAGUGUCGGUGAUCUCCAUUGUUGUUUUAUUUGUGUACCUAGUGGCGACUCCAUCCAAGUCCGGUGCUGCUAAGGGAAGCAAGAAGAAACGUUGAUGAGGUUAGUCUGCAGUGUAAUUUGUAGAGGCAAGGCUCGCUUUUGUGUUUUGACUGAGUAGACUAUGGCAGAAAACCACAAUGUUAGGUUUUGGCUUUAGACGUGUUGCACGGAUAGUUUGUUAUUAAAUGGAUGUUUUGUUUCGAAUUACACAGGUAACCAUUUCAUUAAAGAUUGAUACGAUUAUUGAAAA